ACUACUUACGACUAGCUAGCGCGAGUGCGCGUGACGGGACCACUGUUCGCUCGUAGUACCGAAUUAAUCGGUUGCUCAUUAAACCGGCUGCUUUGAUUCACAACCACACUUUAUCACACUUCUGUCAACCGCAAAACUUGAUUCUACACUUAACACAGUCAACAACAACAACAACAGCAAAAACAACACAAGCUUUUCACAAUGGACAAAUGGGUUAAACGGACAGCCUUGGUUACUGGGGCUUCGUGUGGCAUUGGUGCCGCUAUAUGCAGAAAGUUGGGGAAGUCUGGCAUGAAUGUUGUUGGUUGCGGAAGAAAUGUGCAGCGCAUCCAAGAAAUCUCUGAUGAACUGAAAGGUGAAGCCGGUUCCUUGUUAGCCUUGAAAUGUGACCUCAACAAUGAGUCUGAUAUCCUGUCUAUGUUUGGGACCAUCAAGUCCCAUUAUGGAGGAGUGGAUGUGUGCAUCAACAAUGCAGGACUGGCCCACGCUGAGCCACUGCUUACUGGGGACACUAACAAAUGGCGGGAGAUGUUCAAUGUGAAUGUCUUGGCUCUUAGCAUCUGUACAAGAGAAUCUUUUAAAUCCAUGACGGAACGAAAUGUGAUGGAUGGUCAUUUCAUCCACAUAAAUAGUAUGUCUGGACACAGAGUGGUCGACUUACCAGAUCUUCACUUCUACAGUGCAACUAAGUUUGCUGUGACCUCACUGGCCAGAGGACUCAGGAAUGAGUUACGAAGACUCGAAUCUGAUAUCAGAGUCACGUCCAUCAGUCCAGGUUUAGUGGACACAGAAUUUGCCUCUCGUCUAUUUCCAGACAGAAAAGAAGUUCCAAAGAGAGAUUUUAAGAUUCUUGAAUCUGGUGAUGUAGCUGAUGCAGUCCUGUUUGCACUUCAGGUACCCAAACACUGUGAGAUUAAUGAAAUUAUGAUGAGACCAACUAAGCAGGGCUACUGAAAAACUGACAAAAGCAAAACGAACAGAUCGUCCAUUUUCCACUUGACAAGGACACAAGAGAGCAUUUGAUCACAUAUGGACCUUGAUCUCUGCUUCAGAGCAACCAUUUUUUUAAAGACACUACUCCAGUAUGACUACAAUGAGUGAAACAAGUAAAAAUUAAAGACAUCUUGCCUCGUAUCA